AUGCCGUCCCAGAGCCGCAGUUCCCAUUCAUGUGUGGCUUGUGCCAGGCGCAAGGUCAAAUGCGACAAGCUGAAGCCAUGCUCAAGCUGUUCCAAGUCGCAGGCUGCAUGCGUCUAUCGAGCCCCUGUACCGUCCCAGAGACACCGGAAGCGCUUGACUCAGCACGACCUCAUGUCCAAAAUCCAGGAGCUCGAAUCCAUCCUUGACAGCCAUGGAAUCCCAUUCGAAGGACUGGGGACUUCGUGGAUCCGCUCUCACUGGGAAGAGAAGCUUGCCACGAAAUGCUCAAAGCUGAAAACCCCACCAAUUUCUCAACUCAGGCAGCCCGAUGAGGAGUUAGAAGAAAAGCAGUCUACGUCUACUGAUACGGCCUUCUCUUCUCCCUCUGUACUUACCCUAUAUCAGAUUUCUACGCCUCCGGGGCAGCUAGAGUUGCAUCCUAAUUCCAGGCACGUUUUCAGACUCUGGCAGGCUUUCGCGGAUAAUGUCAAUCCACUCAGCAAAAUCAUCCAUGCGCCUACGCUUCAGGAGAAAAUUCUUGGGGCAGCUUGGGCGGUCGAAUCGGCUCCAAAGCCUCUAGAGGCCACCAUGCUUGCCGUGUAUACGCUAGCCAUUGUCUCAAUGAAACCAGCCACUUGCUUUGAUAUAUUGGGGGAGAGUAGGUCUGUACUCUUGAACAGAUAUCGCACCGGAGCAUUGCGGGCCUUGUCUGGUACUAACCUUUUCUCAACACGGGACUUGGAGGUUUUACAGGCAUUGACUCUAAUCAUCAUGAUCGAUCCUCAAUCUGAAUUCUCAACUACAGCAGUGGCACUAGCCCUGCGAAUCGCGCACAAAAUGGGUCUGCACCGUGCUGCCGAAGACUCUAUUAUGCCCUUCUUCAAACAGGAGAUGCAAGUCCGCUUGUGGUGGUAUAUCCGCGGCCUAAACUCACGCGUCCGCCGCGGCAUGGGUUUAUUAUCAACAAUUGACGACCUAGGCGAUGCACGUCUCCCGAUGAAUGUCAACGAUGCAGAUUUACACCCACGCAUGGAGAAGCCGCCCGCUGUUCAGCACACGGCGGCUACGGAAAUGGUGUACUGUUUGAUGAAAUAUGACCUGUGGAGCUUCGUACGGAAGUCAUCCAACUUUUCCGGCAGCCUCAACCCCAGAGAAAAAGCAGCCCAACUAAUAACUUCGACUAGUGUUGAGAGCUUAAUAAAGAAGAAAAAGGUUUUAGGCGAGAUAGAUCGUAUGCUUCAAGAGAAAUAUCUUGCCCACCUCGACCAAAGCAUACCGCUGCAUCAGCUAUCGGCUGCCCUAGCUGGCCUUACUGUUCACAAUCAACAGUUCUUGAUGCUACACCCGCGGCAUCAGCCUGAAGGAGGCAGAUAUAUGUCCAAGGCCGAUCAAAAUCUUGUCUUCGAAAGCAGCGUCAGGUUGCUGGAGUUGAACUAUAAAGUGCGCAGUACGAGCUUCUCAACCAAUCUGGUAGAUCACAUGGUAUGUCGGACACAAGUCGACGCUCUGGUCUACAUGAUUAGCGAGCUGCGGCGGAGGACGAGUGGCCACUUAGUCGAGACCGCAUGGGACUUGCUAGAGGAGGUGUAUAGCCACCAGACGAUUGUAUUCUCAUGCGAUCAAAAAUUCUACGCCGCCCUGGCGGAUCUGACUAUACAAGCAUGGGAGGCUCGCAGAAAGGCGCUAAACCUCCGAGCAGAGAUACCCCAGUUCAUUGAGACUCUGCAGGCAGUAAGGGAGAGACCAGAGGCUAUGGUUCAACCCGUGGCAGGCGUGGAGGUUCUGCAAACCGGGCUCAUGGGUGAUUUGAUGCAAGAUGAGCCUCUCGAUUGGAAUUACUGGGAUGAAUUGCUUGAACUAUGA